AUGUUACUACUUGUUUUAUUUACAGAUGUCUGCCGACAAGUGCAUUUCUUACAACGCAUUGCUGAUAAAGCCCUUAUUGGUCACGUGAUCAAAACGAUACCAGUGGAGACAGAUGACCAUUGUGAGAUUGCUUGUUUCCGCGACCUCAUGUGUCUCUCCUAUAACAUAGGACCCAAACAGGCUGGUGGACAUCAAUGUGAGCUCAGCAAAUCGGAUCACAUCCGAGACCCUGCUGAUUUAGUUCCUAUGGCAGGGUACAUAUACAGACCAACUGAGGUACACAAUGUAAUGGGCCAUUUCUGAGUUCCAAAACACCUUACCCUCAGAAUGAAAUUAGCAAAGCUUUUGUCAUAAGAACGAAGGUUAUUUACGUUUGGAGAUAAUAUAAUUUCCGCUUUAAGGUUUCGAACGAUAAUAGCCUCGUUUCAUAACAAUGUUCGAGACGGAGAGAAUGGAAACUAAUGUUGACUGAAAAUCUAACUUGACAUGUUUAAUUUUGAAAAUGAAGUCUCAUCAAUUUGAUUUCUGUAAAAUAAAUAUGCCAUGUAGCUGACUUAAAAAAAAGAAAUUGUAUAGGAAUUUACCAAAUUCAGGGAACAAAUUUAUCCCCUUUGGCAAGAUUCUAGUCAGUUAGAGUCUAGUCUAGUCUAGUCAGUUCGAUAAGUUUUCGAAAUCUUUGCUUAUGUAUUUAACAAACAAUAUAUCUUUUGGUCUUUUGGGAUUGAAUGCGACAUACUGUAAUUUCUUUGUAUCGGGCACACUCAGUUAACUCUUACUUUUGCCCGGAAUUACGCCGUUAUUUGUAUCUCCAAAGUUUUGCCCACUUCAUUUUCAAGUUUUGGCGACUGUUCAUGAUUUCUCUGCCAGAAUUACGUGACAGAUAUUUCAUUUAUCUCUUGGUUAGAGUCGUUGUUCGUCAAGUCCUUGCCCUGAUAACUCCACAUGUCUUUCUCUCACGGAGACAGCUUUCCAGUGUCUGUGUCCAAAAGGAUUUACCGGGAACAGCUGUGAAACGGGUAUGUUAAGCAAACCAAGCAAUGCAGUGUCACCUCAUAAAUUAAGACGCGAUUGUUUUUAGUUUGGCAUCUGAUUCCGUGAAUUGAUUGAGAGGAUAGAACGAGUAUUCCUAACCAAUCACAGAACGAGGUAAAGCAAAUUCAAAGCAGUAUAGAAUCACUUUCGAUGCUUGUUUUAACUGACUUCCCUGAGCUGAUUUUCCCUGUCAAUCAUUUUAAAGUCGCUCUUUGCUGCAGACAUAGACGAGUGUGAAACCAACCAGUUCAACUGCCCGGUGAACGAGGACUGCGUUAACACCGUGGGCUCGUAUGUAUGCAAUUGUGUCAGCGGUGUGUUCGAUGGCAUAGGAGUCUGCCAACUUAUGACAGGUAAGCCAGCGGGAAGCGUUCGCGAGAAAGUAUGAUGCCUUAAGCAAUGCGAGCCGGCGGGAGGUCUGUACGGGACUUCAUUUUAAACGCAAUACAAGUUACAACCUGAGCUACUCCGAGAACAAACUUAAUGUUCGAAAACCACCAACAAAUUCAUUCAAAAAUAGUUUUAGCUGUAAUGGCGCCACUUUGUGGAGUAGCCUCCCUUGUGAGGCUGGUUGCGCGAAACCCCUCGGGUCGUUCAAAUGAGAAAUCAACAAAGUUCUCUAAGGCUCGGCAUUUAUGGAAAGCAGUAAUAUAAAGUAAGUAAUAUAAUUAAUAAUUGAUAGUUUUUAAUCCUUUGUAAAAAGCUGGUGAAUUGCCCGUGAUUACAUAAAUAAUAUGACAAUAAUAACACUGAUAGUGUCAGACCUCCGGCUAACCUCAUCCCGACUCGUUUCAAAUCUUCCCAUGGGCGGAGAAAAGCGUGUCCUAUAGCGCUAAUAACGAGGCCUGGUAUCUAACUUCUUUUUUUUUUCUCUCUCUUAAAAAGGAAUUAAUUGCAAGGAGAUCAAGGCCACAUACCCAAGUGCUCCAGUUGGGAUGUACGAAAUACAACCGAACAUCGAGCAAAACAAAUUCUGGGCGUAUUGUGAUAUGACGUCAUUUGGAGGAGGAUGGACGAUGUGUUACUCUACUGACGAUCUUGCUGACCCUAAAACAGAAGUGACCUAUGACGAGAAUUAUCGCUAUGGCACAGAUGGUUACCGAACUGACUGCAAUAAUGUUCAGGUGAUUGAAAGAGGUUAAGGUGCAAGAGUUUAAUUUUGAGGAAUAACGAUGUUUGGCAAAUCCUGGCUUAUGUGUUUGUCAUAUUUCAGGCGCCAUAAUGAGUAAUCAGCCUAAUAAAUAACUUAUAAACACUCUCUUGCCCUCUUACGGAAAUAUUUUAUAUUUUCACUGGGAGUUUUAUUCUAUAUUGUAUAUUUAGGUUUUUAACCAACUCUGUACCAUGCUGUAGAUGAGAACUGACAGUGAUCCCCCCUGGAAUGCCAAAUUUACUACAAGAAUUUCAGUACCUUCUGUACCGUGCUUCAUUUGGUCUGGCAUUCAUAAUUUGAACAUAUGUCACUGUUUCCUAAAUUUGAUGACCACAUUUUCAAAAUAAGAACCUGUUCUUUUUUGGAAUGCUUAACUAUUUCUUAUCACCAGAAUGGUGCUUUUUUCAUCAAGUUUCAGUCUGAAGAUUCUUAAUCUACUUGUUCUUGUUCUUUUAACCUGAUCAUCUUAUUCAACACGACAGUCUAUUUUUUUUUGUUUUGUUUUUUUUUGCUUGCAGUUUCGGGAAAUUCUCUUUGUGGAUGAGACCACGAAUGAAAAGGCUUUCUUUACCUAUAAACUUAAUUCCAGUCUCGUCGCAGAGGGAAAUUACCAGACACGAAUCUCAGGCUUGUGGCUAGGUGGAGGUGUAGCUACCACAAAUCAUGAAUACCAGCUUCUUAUCUGUGACCACAGCUUCUACUCUGGCUUUUUCAUAUCUGGUUAUAGAAACUGUUAUAAGAGGUGCGAUCGUUGGUGUGCUGAUUGGCUCACCCCUUACUUCAGGUCAGCGUCAACUGAUUCAAGAUAUGCUGGAGUCGCCUUUAACGUCAAUGGACAUCGGCCGCAAAGCAGCAGACUGAUGAGUGUUGGACUGAGAUAA